AUGUCAAAUCCCGCUAGAACUAUUACUGCUGAAAAUAUCGAAAAUGAAACUGCGCAUACUUAUUAUAUAGAAUAUGAAAAAAAACUUUCCAAACUUGCCUCCAGAUUAGCCCAUGGAGCUGAAAAUCCAGCAGAGAUAGUUAUGGAUUUUUUAUAUAUAUCAGAUGCGGCUACAGGAGCUAAUAGUGACUUGUUAGCUCGAUAUAAGAUUACACACAUCAUAAACGUCUCUCCGUGUGUAAAUUUUUUUGAAAAAAAUGUUCCUCAAAAGUACCCUAAUUGGGAUCCUCCCAAAUAUUUAAGAUUAAACACAUCAGAAAUAAAUAUAGCAGAAUUUUUUGAUGUUUCGAAUUUAUUUAUAUAUCAAGCAGCACAAGAAGGUGGUCGAGUUCUAAUUUAUUGCUGGACGGGAGCAUCGGAAUCUGCCACAUUAAUGUUAGCUUAUUUAAUGAACCAUUAUUGGCUCACCUAUCAGGAUGCUUUUAAUUAUUUAAACGGAAAAUCGAUUAUAGAUCCACACUCGACUUUCCGUUUACAAUUAAUUAAUUACGAAUUAGAAUUAUUAAGAGCUUGGAAGUUUCCGGUUGACGAUGAUGAUGACAUUUCCGAGCGUGAUGAAUUAAAAUUUGAAGAUUAUAUAAAUUAUGACGAUGAAUCUGAGGAGAUAACAAAAUAG